AUGGCGACGACCUUCGUCGAAGAUACUCCUUGGAAGAUAAAUAUUGUCAAUGAAAAUGAUCUAGUCGAUUUAUUACCAUUAUUACAAGGUUAUUGUGAAUUUUAUUAUCAAACUGAAGAAAUUUCUCGAACGAGUGAUGAGCUACUUUUAUCCGUAUCUCGAGCAUUAAUUGCAAGUCCAAAACAAGAAGGAAUACCAUUACUUGUUCGUCAUGUUCAAGAUGGAAAAGCUGUUGGUAAUCGUUUAGCUAUAACGGAAGAUCUUUAUGUUGAUCAAUCAUAUCGAGGUCAAGGUAUUGCUGAUCUUCUGAUUGGUGAAUGUGCACGAUAUGCACGAGAACAUGGUGCAUUAUGUUUAACAUGGCAAACGUCGGUGAAAAAUCAUCAUGCACAAGCUGUUUGUGAUCGAUGUGGUGCAAUGAAAAGUGAUCGGUGGUUAAAUUAUACACUUCCAUUAUGA